CUCAACCAAACGACAGUGCGGUUAACAACAAUUGAAAUCGAAGUAUUUGGAACAUCGAACUACAAUGAGUAUCUAUUAUCUUGACGCCGAAUCGAUACUAUCUUCCAACGAGCAGUGGAAGAAGCUGGAAGAGAAAUGGGGGAAGCCUGUCGACCUGGACACAGACGACUCAGACCGUGAACCUUCAAAACUGAAGCCAGCGCUGAGUUCUUUGGACCUGCGACAGACGACUUUCGACUCGCCGUUCCUUUUGAAAACCGUCCGCAAGAAACUUGCAAGACGACUCUCGAUCAAAUCCUGUAUUGCUGACUACGAUGACUUCGUCAAGGAGCUACCCAACGACACCUUUGGAGAAGAACCUAAGAAGCAGUUUUACAACGUAAGCGGUCAGAUGCUCUCGGCGGGAUCGGUGGAGGACAUCUGCAAGACGAUUGACGAUGUGUUCAAAUCGGUGGAGGACCUUUGCUUCACGACCAGCACCAACUGUGAUAAGAAGAGACCCGAGCUCGUGCCAUGCAGCAUGUCUUGCAGUGGACUCUCUUUUGAUGACACCAGAGACACAGAGCGAGAGAAGCGCGACAGUGACGACGUGUUCAAAUCGGUGGAGAAUCUUCGCUUUUCGACCAGCAGCAUCCGUUAUAAGAAGAGGUCGUUGCCAGAAGUUGUGCAUUGCAGCAUGUCUUGCAGUGGACUCUCUUUUGAUGACACUACAAACUCGGAGCGAGAGAAGCGCGACAGUGACGACGUGUUAAAAUCGAUGGAGAAGCGUUUCUCUGGGACCAGCACCAUCCGUGAUAAGAAAAGGCCGUUGCCAGAAGUUGUGCAUUGCAACAUGUCUUGCAGUGGGCUAUCUUUUGAUGACACUACAAACUCGGAGCGAGAGAAGCAUGACAGUGACGACGUGUUCAAAUCGAUGGAGAGGCUUUGCUUCUCGACCAGCACCAUCCGUGAUAAGAAGAGGCCGUUGCCAGAAGUUGUGCCCUGCAGCAUGUCUUGCAGUGGACUCUCUUUUGAUGACACUACAAACUCGGAGCGAGAGAAGCGCGACAGUGACGACGUGUUCAAAUCGAUGGAGAAGCGUUUCUCUGGGACCAGCACCAUCCGUGAUAACAAAAGGCCGUUGCCAGAAGUUGUGCCCUGCAGCAUGUCUUGCAGUGGACUCUCAUUUGAUGACACCAGAGACUCGGAGCAAGAGAAGCGCAACAGUGAUGACGUGGACAUCGAUGAAGCCAUCGAGCAACUGAAUUCUACUAUAGCAGGCGUGGCGAACGGUGCCGUGGAAUUCGAAGAAGCUGCAGAUUCAGUGACGGCGCUAGUGAAGCAGUUUACUGUGUUCUUGAAUAACCCAAUGAAGUGUAACCCGAGGAGGAAGCGACAGUGUGGCGAAAGGCUUAAAGAUUUGGCUGACUACUGGAGAAGCCGUAUGAGUCUUGUGGAGGAAUAAUUUUAGAUUUCUCUAGGUUUUACAAUUUUUAUUUAUAUUAUGUACAUUUCCAUUGAUUUAUUAUGUAAUAAUCUAGUUAGAAUACAGCAGUAACUGUACACUUUUAUGACUUAAAUUAAAUGUCUUAAAUAGAUUUAUUUUAU